GCUGGACCUAGAAGUAGAGCUGGAAAUAGCGCUGGACCUGGACUAGGUCAUAACAAUACUCCAGUCAGCUCUGCAGCGAACAGCUCUUGUGUCUAAUUGUAACUGCCUGUGAUCCCCCCUUUGAUACACAAUCUGAAUCUGGUUAUAUAUAUAAAGACAUAAAGAUGACGUUUCCCAAACUUGUACACACAAGUAACCGUCUGUAUGGCUCGUCUCCAGAUCCUCUGAGUUUCGUUUCCUCCGAAAUAGAAGAGAGUACGGAAGUCAGGUGGCUCUCCGACUUUAUAGGUCCAUGGGCUCCGAGGGUGAACUGCAGCCCCAAUUGAGAGUCCUCCCGCAACAAACAACAUUAAACACAAAUAAGUAAUUCAUUCAACCGUCCUCCAGCACGAUGCCUCUCCCACACGGGGCAAACCGUCUCCUCUGCUGGCUCGCCCUCUUCGCUCACCUCACCGCCGCCAACCACGGCCGGACGGCCUCGGAACCAAAGAAGACUACCUGCGUCGUGCGGGGCGCCUCGGCCGACUGCAGCCACAUGAACCUGAACGUGAUCCCCCAGGACCUUCCCCAGAACAUCACGCGCCUGGACGUGUCCCACAACAGACUGACCGGCCUACCCGGCGCCAACCUGUCCCGGUACGCUGGGCUCCUCGACCUGGAUGUCACCUUCAACAGCCUCACCAAGCUGGACCCCAGCCUGUGUCAGACGCUGUCGCGGCUGCGCACGCUGAACCUGGAGCACAACGAAGUGCACGUGCUGCGGGAUCAGGACCUGAGCGGCUGCGUCCAGCUCACCGUGUUGAACAUGGCGAGCAACAGGCUGGCGUUGAAGGCCAAAUGGCCUGACCCGUUUGCCGCCCUCGAGAACCUGACAACUCUCGAUGUAUCCAACAACAUGCUUUUGACGGCCAAGCUGGGAUCUAAACCCCAGCUCCCUCGUCUCGUGGCACUGACAUUGUCACAUAAUGCGAUUUCUACCCUGAAGAAAGAGGACUUCUACUUCCUCAGUCGCUCACCGUCGCUGUUUGUCCUUAACCUGUCAUAUCUGCCUCUUAAAAAGUUUGAGGAUGGAUGCUUCCAACAAAUUGCCAAUAUUUCUUUUUUGAAAAUGGAUGGCUGCAAUUUGGCAUCUCAGAUCACUAAACUUUGCACAGAGCUAUCAGACACAGCUAUUCACACCCUGUCUCUUCAAGAUGCAACUCUUCUCAAACUCACCAACAUAACAUUUAAAGGCCUACAUAAAACCAAUCUGACUAUUUUGGAUCUUUCAAGUAAUAAAAUGUCUGCAAUUGAAAAAGGAGCAUUCCAAUGGCUGCCAACACUAAAAACUCUCCAUUUGGAAAAAAAUAACUUCAAGCACCUGACCAAGGAUACCUUCGUGGGGCUCGAAAGUUUGAAAGAACUCAACUUAAGACAGGCUUUGGUGAAAAGUCAAACAUCCUCCACAUCAAUCAUUGACGAUUACACCUUUAGCCCAUUGGUUGCACUGGAGACCCUAAUACUGGAGCACACCGCGAUUCGCUCAAUCACAGAAAACACGUUCACAGGUUUGACAAGUCUUCAGUACUUUUAUAUUGGCUGGUCCAGUUGCACAUCCCUCAAGUCGCUCACCGAAAAGACCUUUGUGUCACUCGCAGCAUCCCCACUCAGGUUGGUUAACCUGACGGCCACUGCCAUCACUAGCAUCGGCAACGGCUCCUUCUCUGCCUUUCCAAAUCUCACCACUCUUUUGUUGGACUUUAAUUUCAUCAGCCAAACUCUCCGAGGGGCAGAGUUUGAAGGGUUGGGUCAGCUUGAACAACUCUUCUUCUCCAACAACCGCCAGAAGGUUGAACUGAGGUCCUUAUCUUUUGUCCAGCUUCCUAAGCUGAGUCUUCUGACACUGGGCAGAACCUUGACCGGCAGCUUGGACCUGGUUCCAUCUCCGUUUGCUCCCCUGAAGAAUCUCAAAGUUCUUGACCUCAGCAACAACAACAUUGCCAACAUCAAUGCGCGCAUGCUAGAGGGUCUUGAGAACCUAAUGGUACUCAAGAUGCAGCACAAUAACUUGGCGCGUGUGUGGAAAAGUGCCAAUGUCGGGGGGCCGGUGUUAUUCCUCAAAGACCUGGGGAACCUAACCGUCCUAAACAUGGAGUACAAUGGAUUGGAUGAGAUCCCUACGGAUGCACUAACAGGGUUAAAGAAGCUUAAAGAGAUGAGGUUCACAGGCAACCUCCUUAACAACCUCAAGGACUCGGUCUUCGAGGACUUGCUAUCGUUGCAGACGUUGAGUAUCCAGAAAAAUCUGAUUACAUCUGUGAGGCCCCAGGUGUUCAAACCAGCCAUGGAGAACCUCACUCUACUGGACAUUGGCAGGAACCCAUUUGACUGCACCUGCGAGAGCAUCCUGUGGUUCGUGACAUGGUUGAACACGACAAAGGCCAGCUUGACGGGAGGCAAGGACCAGUUCACGUGCAACACCCCGCUCGCCUACUUCAACCGCUCGGUCAUGGACUUUGACUUGCUGUCCUGCAAAGACUCCACUCCAUUCCAGGCACUGUACAUACUCAGCAGCACCAUUGUCAUCGCAUUGAUGUUAGGCGCACUUUUGGUUCGCUUUCAAGGUUGGAGGAUUCAGUUCUAUUGGAAUGUCCUGAUCAACCGCACGUUGGGUUUCAGCGAUGCCAAAGUCGAGGAAGGAAGGGAGUUUGAAUUCGACGCGUAUGUGAUACACGCUGAUGAAGACCAGAAAUGGGUGGAGCGUAGUUUACUUCCUCUGGAAACGGACAGAUAUGUGUUUUGCAUGGAGGGUCGUGAUUUUCUGCCCGGCACAUCCCGCAUUGAAGCCAUUGUGGAUAACAUGAGAAGAUCACGAAAGUAUUUGUUUGUUGUCACGGAGAGUCUCCUCAAUGAUCAUUGGUGUAGAGGAUUCAAGGCCCACCACGCUCUUCACCGGGUGAUGGAGGAGAGGCGGGACGCUGUGAUCCUGGUCUUUCUGCAGGACAUCAAUGACUACAGGCUGUCCCGCUCCCUGUUCCUGCGCAGGGGCAUGCUGCAGCUGCGCUGCCUCCUCUACUGGCCCGUCCACAAGGAGAGGAUCCCGGCCUUCCACGAGAAGCUGCACAUCGCACUGGGGACGACCAACACGCCGAAGCCCUGAAAACGACAACUGCAGUUGUCGUUUUCUUUAAGAAGGGAAGAUGAAGGGAUUAAUGAGGGAUUGUCCCCAGUGAAGAGCUGUCAUUUUCAAAGAUGUUUUUAUUUUUUUGCCAGCGGAUUGAAAUGCUUUCCGCAUAAUAUUUAAUAAAUGCAAUGCUUUGUGCUCCUAUUAUUCAAUCCAUUCAAUGAUCUUGUUCUUAAUCACCACCCAGGCCUCCCUGUGUUGCUUCACCCUCCCUACUACUGCUACAACUCCUCCAUCGUUGGUAUUUGUGCACAUGCUCAGGACCAAUGCGGCGUGUUCUUGUAUAAACUGACCUGUGGCAUACAGCGCACCGUUUGUUAUUGCGCCAGCCCAUGUCAAUAUGAUUCACACCAUUCCAAAGGCUAGGUCUCUCCUUUACCCCAGAUGUUGUUUAUAAUGUGUUUACUCCUUGUAUACAGAUAAGAGGAUGUGUAAUCUUUUUUUAUCAGGUCACAUCAUUAAUCUGUAAUGGAACCUUAAUCUAAUAAUCGAAACAAAAUUGUUUCGAUUUAUCGUUUGAUCCCUUUUCCUGUUGGUUAUUUCUCUCAUUGUUACUAUUACUAUACAAUACCAGGGCAGCAUGUCUCAUGCAUUUAAUUCAUAAAAAAUAUGAUAAAUGUGCAAUGGUAUUUGCUGUUUUUCCACAAAUAUAAAACAUAUUUGUUAUGUAUAGGUUAAGUCAGAGGGUAUAUUUACUGGCAGACUUUUCAUCAGGCAUAAUGCAAAAGUUAUGUAUUUGAUUAAUGUUUCACAUUCAUUAACACAUUUCAAGAGGAUCUACAGGUCAUGAAGAGGGGAAAUGCAUGUCACGAGAACUUCUAGUUCUCCUCUUGUGUGCGUUGGGACAUCAUGGGGAGGUUGAUAAGCAGAACUACACCUUGUGGGAUGAUAAGCAGAACUACACCUUGUGGGAUGAUAAGCAGAACUACACCUUGUGGGAUGAUAAGCAGAACUACACCUUGUGGGACAUAUUCAGAUCAGGCCACAUGCUCCACCCUUUCUCUACCUUUUGAUCAUUUGUGAAUACCGUUUUUUAUUGUUAUAGAAACAUUAAGGUCCUUUAUUCCCUGAUAAUACUUUGUGCCCCUACUUAAUAUUUAUGACAUUAGACUUAGUUUCUCUACUUUUUGAUAAUUUGGGAAUAAUUUCUUACAUUGUUAGACAUAUUUAUGUACUUUAUUCCCUGAUAAUACUUUGUGCCCCUUUUUAAUAUUAAAGAGGUCCUUCCCCUAGAAACCAUAUAGUACUGUUCCUUUUGAAAUCCGAUAGGUCACUCGGAGCUGAAUAUGCAUGCUACACCUGAAAUGAUAAUUCUACAUCGAUUGCCUGCAUUAGCAAAUAAAAGAAAAUAGACGCAUAAACAAGCAAAUCAGAAAAGCCUCACCAACUGACAUCAAUUGGUGAACAAGUAAUCAUGGCCUUGCCCACCUUGGCUUGCAACGGCAAGCCAAGGUGUAAAGACAGUAUUUAGUUUGUGCCUGUGAUAUGGCGAUAACAAAUCAAUGUUGCAUCUCUUGGCCAAGAAGAAGAGUUGAGGAAGAAAUGGUUGGAUUGGACAUUACCGUGGCCGGGGCACGGUGGCCGGGGCACGUUGGUACUGGUACCCCAGUGGCCGGUGCGCCGGUAUGUCUCUCUGUCCUUCUCCCUCUCCCUCUGUGUCUCUUUCUCCUUCUCCCUGAGUCUCUCUGGAAGUUUAAUUGGUUUUAUUACUGUGACGGACAGUGCUGUUAGCAAAUCAGAGGCGAGACAUUUGCAUGUCAUGAUUAAGAGCCCAUAUCAUGUCGUUCCUCCCCGCCCACCGCCUCCACCUGACUAGAACAGCAUGAAGCAGGAUACCAGAGCAUUUUUUCCCCCAAAACCAACUCACAGGGCAUUUAUUGCUACUAUUGCCCACCGCAAACUUAUUGAAAAAACGAUGCAAUGACACCUUUAAGACUCUCUUUUGUGAGACUUUUUGGAGAGUGCUCAAUACAGGAGUUUAUAUAUAGUAAAAUACAGAACCAUUCUGACAUCUAGUGGUUUAUAUAAUGAGCUGCAACCUGACUGGAAAGUAAUGUCUGAUGUUGUGAUUGCUUUUGGUGAAAAUGUAUCACAUAACAUUCUGUCAACAUAAAAUUAUAUUGAAUCGUACAAGAUUAUGC